ACGAUUUGUGAUAUUAUGUUUAUUAUUUUUAUUAUUAAAUCAUCUUUACUAUUAUUUUUAAUAUAUAUAAUAUACGAAACAUAUUGGAAGCGAAGAUUCUUACCACCAGGGCCACUGCCGUGGCCUAUUGCUGGUAAUGUGCCUUCCAUGUUGUUUUACGAUAGUUUGGAAGAAAUGUUCUUAAUUUGGAAACAAAAAUACGGUAAUGUUAUAACAGUAUGGAUUGGGCCGAUACCUUUCAUAAUGGUUUGUGAGAUAAAAACCAUGAAAAAAUAUUUCGUGCAAAACGCCGAAAUAUUUAGCAAUCGAUGGCGGAACCAUAUUACUGAUACAUUUAUGAAUGGUGCAAAUGGCAUAGUCCAAGUAGAUGGUGACAAAUGGCGAGAACAGCGACGAUUUGCACUAAGCGUCCUACGAGACUACGGCGUUGGUCGAGCCUUUAUCGAAGAGAAAAUACAAGGAGAAAUUGAUUCGUUCAUUAAUUUUUUGAAAAGGAAAUCCGACCAAGAUGUGGAUAUUUGCCAAAACGCAGGCGUAUCUGUUGCAAAUAUUAUUAACAGUAUACUUUUUGGAAGCCGUUUCGAUCAAGAAGACCAAAUCUUCCACAAAAUGCACGCAGCAAUAGAUCGGCAAUUCCAACUCGUUGUUCAUCCGAUUAUGUCUCUAUAUAUAACAGCGCCAUACAUGACAAAAAUUCCAGUAAUAAAUAAAAAAUGGAAAGAAUUGAUGGAAUUAAGAGAUGAUAUUUGGCGCUAUAUAUAUAAUGAAAGAUUCGAUCCGAAUAAUAAACCGACAGAUUUUGUAUAUUCAUAUUUAAAGGAAAUGCAUAAAAGGAAAAUUCGGGGAGAUCCAGGAUAUUUUCAUGAAUUACAAUUACGAAUGGUAGUAUUAGAUUUGUUAUUUGCUGGAAUGGAAACUACUGCAACAACAUUAAAAUGGGGCUUUUUAUACGUCAUGUUAAAUCUACGAGUACAAGAUAAAAUACAAGAGGAACUUGAUCAAUUUCCCUCUAAGAUUACAUUGUCGCACAAAAAUUCCUGUCCAUAUACAUGUGCAACAAUUAAUGAAAUUCAAAGGUUGGCAAAUAUUUUGCCAUUCAAUCUCCCACGAACGGUGGCUGAUGAUAUAUCCAUUGACGGAUAUUUUAUACCAAAAAAUACACUUUGUAUCCCACAAAUAUCUGUUGUUUUGAACGAUCCCUCGAACUUUGAUAAUCCAAAAGAAUUUCGACCAGAAAGAUUUUUAUGUGAUGAUGGAAAAACUAUUAAAAAGUUCGAUGAAUUCAUACCAUUUUCAUUAGGAAAGCGUCAAUGUGUUGGUGAAUCGCUGGCCAAAUCUGAAUUAUUUCUUAUAUUUGCAAAUAUUUUGCGUAAUUUCAAUUUAAAGCCAUCACCGUUAUUUCCUCUAUUGUCCACUAAACGAUUAAUUGGUCUAACUGUAUCACCCCCAAAGUAUUUGUGUAAAAUUGAAUUAAGAAAUAAGUACCACCACAUCUGUACUGUAAAUUUCAAUAAAAGCGAAAAUUGA